GCUUUCAGUCGCGCGAAAGCUCCGUCACAACGGUCGCUUUUACUGUCCGGUGAAGACGUUCUCGUGACUGUGUCUUGUUCUCCGGCUCUGAAACCCGUGGCAAACGCUGCUCAGCUCCUGUCAUUCGGUUGACAUUGGUUCUCCUGGCGGAAGUGAACACGUUCUGUCGACACUGUCGAUUGGCAACGAUGGAAAGCGUCAUUUGGUGGAUUUUACUGAUUUUUGGCUCCAACCUGAAUAGCGAGGCUCUCGUAGAAGGUCGCGCGGUAAAUAUUAGCAACACUUGGACAUUGCCUCAGGAGGGAUUCUCCGUGUUCUACCGCUUCUUCCGGGAUAAAAUCUCCUGGUUCGAGGCAGAUGCAGUUUGUCAAUUUCACCAUGCCAAUCUUGUCACAGUUGACAACGGGAUCCAGUUCGAUGCUGCGCGAGCCUUCCUCAAGGAGCUCGAUGUGACUGAACCGGUGUGGAUUGGACUGAUGCGCCCGCAGAACUCCGAGAGAUUUGUCUGGACAAAUGCAAAGCCACUCGCACCAAUUUCCGGCUACUGGGCGGAAUCCUUGCCAGCCAUAGACUCGCCACUCUGUGCAGUUAUUGAUCCACUUCGAGACUUUCGAUGGCAUGCCCUGCGAUGUGGUGGCCCAGAGACUGCAGCAUUUUUGUGCGAACUAAGCGUGCCGAGCUGGGCGUCCGAUUGCGCAAUCACAGCCAUGCCAUCGCUCACGAUCCAGUACAUGUCGGACAGUGGCACGGUCCAAUUAUCCCGUGACUGCGGCGACGAGGGAGGACGUCACAUGACGUGCAAAGGAAAGCAGGAUAGGGACACAAUACUGAAGCAAUUAAUAUGUACGGACGAGAAUGCUGUGGAAAUGUCCGUGAAUAAUCUAAUUAUGCCCGACGAUAAUGUCUCAGCCGCAAAGUCGAUUAAUCAUGAGGUGACUUCGGCUAAGGAGAUGGAGAAUGCAGAGUCAGAUAACACGGAGGACAACAAUAUCGACUUGGCGCUGAGCAGACUCGAUUCAGCCACGGGAAAUGACAAUAAUCUCGUAAAGAUUACCCUUGAGGACUUGAUGGUCGGCGACCAGCCAAUUGAUGAGCCUCAGACACUGCUCACGGAUGAAGUGACCAAGACGCCGUCGCAGAAGAAGGUGUUGCCAAUGGAGAAGAAGCCCUUCACCGGCAAGAGGAUGCGCGGCAGAAAUCCUCUGGAUGACAUGAUGAUGGGUGAUCAGGCUGUUGCCGAUGCAACCACUCCGGAAGUCUUGCCGCACGUGAAGAAGAUGCUUCAGCAGGACCUCAAGCUCAAGGAUCUGCCCGCUGUGGAGGACACCAGUCUUCCGCCAGAGUCUUCGGACGUCACUGAGAAAAUCAUCGCUCCCUCUACCUUCAUUCCCGCCACGGAGACCAGCGAGUCUGCGGACACAGUGAUACUCUCCACCACCACAAUGGCCACCUCUGUUGAACCCCACAAGGACACCACAGAGCUUCCGGCGAAUGAAACCACCACUGAGCAUGAAGCGCUCGUCACCGUUUCCAUCACGAACGACAUCGUGCCGCCGGUUGGAGGACAGGCGAGCUCAACGGACGAGGGCACAGGGAAGAACAUCAUUCAUCCGCUGCACAUCUCGUCAGACUCCUCGAAGCAAGCCAGUGGCUUCGUGAAGCCUCACCGGAAGGACGACUCGCCACAGGUCUCGCCCGAUGACCACUUCAUCCCGCCCAUGCUGCUCGUGAAGGCUAAGUUCACGGCCACGUCCACGAGGUCACACUUGGAAGUGGCCACAGAGUCGCCCAACAGCACGCUGAACUCCUCCGACGGCAGCCAAACGGACAAGGCGGCAGAGGAGGUCCCGACUCCUGCCAGGGACAAUGCAACAGACACGGAGAGCAGGGAUGAGACAUCGACUGUUGGUGAGUUGCCAUCCUCAUCACCCACGGUGUCCCCGCCCGUGAACAAUGGCGCAAUCACCGACAAGGCGGAAUUAAUUCAGGAAGUCACCACAUCUGCCCCAUCCUCGAGGCAGCCACCGUCUGACACCAGCGAGGGUGGGAAGGGCGCAACCGCCGAGGACGCAACCUCGCAGGCUGACAAAUCGUCUUCCGCGGCGGAGCUGGAGACUACGCUCUCGCCGUCCAGCAGCAGCUUCCUCCUGGCCCAGCGGCGUCUCGACUACGAGAACAGCUUUUCCAACAUCGAAAACUACCAACCCUACCGGCCCAACCGUCGGCGAUCGCUCACGAAGCCCGACUCCGUGUCGUACUUGAAGAAGAUCCUCGGCUAA